AUGGUGUGCCGGGCCUUCAUAUCCGGAAAAGGCAUCGGCUUUGCUCGGUGCCGCCAAAGGCGCAAGCGGCUCGGAAAGCUCGGUGGCACCACGCAGGUGUCGGCCAUGGCUCUGUCCCCGCUCAGAGGGCGCACAGCAGGCUGGCUGGGCCGGGGAGGAGGUGAUGCCGGGGGCCCGUCCCUCCAGGCUGGCUUCGGAGAAGCCCCCAAGCAAACCUGGCGUGGCUGCAGGAAGCCAGGCCCUUGGGUCCUGACCUUUCGGGAGAUCUGGAAUCGUAGUUUCUGCCGGCCUCUGGAGCAGCUGGUGGACGUCAUUACCGAGUUCCCCAACGAGGUGGAGUACAUUUUCAGACCCUCCUGCGUCUCCCUGCAGCGCUGCGGAGGCUGCUGUGGGGACGAGGGUCUCCGUUGCGUCCCCGUGGAGACAAGCACGGUCACCAUGCAGCUCCUGAAGAUAAAACCAAAUGGGGAGGCACCCUAUGUGGAGAUGGCAUUCACCGAGCACAAGCAGUGCGAGUGCAGGCCCCGGCAGGACCUGAUGAGGUUGGGAAGGAGGAGGCCCAAGGGGCGAGGUAAGAGAAGACAAGACAAGAAGAGACGUAAAGACUGUGAACUAUGUGGCACACCGCGCAGGUAG